AUGCAUCUGCCGCCGCCAUUCUCACGCUACCUUUCUUCGCUCCGCGCAUUGAACCAACGCGUUCAAGAGACGGCGGCUUCUGAGCAACGUAAAAGUCUUUCUAGCCGACUGAGCGAUGUAUUUCUACGAACAUGGCAUCUGGGAUUCACAUCUUUUGGAGGACCACCGGUUCAUUUCCAGAUCUUUCACGAGAAGUUCGUGCAGGGCAAAGGAGGACAGGAGAAAUGGGUAGAUGAGCAGACAGUUAGUGCUGAAACCAGCGAAGAUGUUCUUCCCGGAGCAGUUGGCAUGUAUGCACUCUCCCUUGGGGUACAAAAAAUGAAUGACGUUCUGCCAGAGAUUGCAUAUGCAUUUCUUUCUGGCCUCAAUGCGUCGACCGUGGGGAUUAUUGCUCUGGCAGCCGUCCAGCUAGCGGAAAAGGCAAUAAAGGAUAAGCUUACCCGCAUUCUAGUCAUCUUCGGCGCUUGUGCCGGCCUGUGCUACAACGCUCUUUGGUACUUUCCGCUUCUCAUUGUUCUUGGCGGCCUGUCGGUCGUUGUAUGGGACGGUUGGAUGAGCCAGUAUAUCCGUAAAACCAGGGCUAAAUGGAGACGACGAAACAGCCACCCCGAAGAGGCAAGGCAGGAAAAUGGCGCUCCUAACGAAAUGGAGCUUCAAGUGCAACAAGACAGCCAGAUGCGCAGCACUCCUUCUAAUCAAGGCACCGUCCGGUCACGGAAGGCUGGACAGGCAGCAUCUCUUCCAGAAACCGUUUCUGAUGCGCAAACCGAGUCGUUGGAAGUCAACUCUUCUCUUGAUCAUAUCAUCCGGAUCCGUGUUGGUGUCACCGUCUGUGUCGUCUUCUUUGCCUCCUUUAUUGCAAUCAUGGUGGCAAGAGGGGUUAUCAACUUCCCACCACUUGCCCUGGACUUGUUCGGCAACAUGUAUCUGGCUGGAACAAUCAUUUUCGGCGGAGGUCCCGUAGUGAUUCCUCUUCUGCGCUCUUACGUUGUUGAUCCUGGCUGGGUAUCCGGCAGAGACUUUCUGAUCGGACUGGCUCUUAUUCAAGCAUUCCCUGGCCCCAACUUCAAUUUCGCGGUCUUCCUUGGAGCCCUCACGCUUCAAAAGUCCCAGUUCCCGACCAUAUUCGGCGCAUUCCUUGGCUACCUCGGCAUCUUCAUGCCCGGUCUCACUUUGGCUGUUGCUGUGCAGAGUUUCUGGAGAGUGCUUCGGAGAAGAAAGUGGGUCGUCGACUGGCUUAGAGGAGUCAAUGCUGCUGCCGUGGGUCUGGUUUUCACUGCUGUAUACAGGCUGUGGGAGAUUGGAUAUCUGACGCCCAAAGCCAGUAAUGGUCAGAGUCUUGCUCUUGAGCCAUGGUGGGUUGUUGUUGCAACGGUUACUUAUGCGGAGAAUGCUUGGUUCAAGGUGCCUCCAGCGAUCGCGAUCAUCAUUGGCGGUAUUCUGGGUCUCUGCUGGUAUGGUGCUGUUGGCCGUUAG